GAACUAAAACUGAAAAUUAAGUCAGAAUCGAUUCACGCGUGUUGGUAAACGUUGGAAAAAGAAUUAAAUAUCGAUUCAGGGGUGUGUGAUACUUUUAUUUGUAAUAUGAAGAUGGAUAGUAGAUUGUGUGUUAAAGCAGACAAGUAUGGAAGAAAUUGAUCGAGUUUCGAACAACGCAUCACCAGACAUUCCGAAAGUACCUAUAAAGACAUACCAUUGGGAGGACGUGCGACGGUCCAGAAGAAGAGGAGCUUAUCCUUGGACACAUCUUACCAAGCCACCGUUUGACGAAGAGGUCGACCCCGACGAAUACACAAUGGAUGCAUUUAGACGAAGCCGUAGUACGUCAACUUUGGGCAAAUCCGAAACGCAAGAGGUCACCGAUGUCGAAAUGAUCCAGAAAAGUGAGCACGAACUUCACACCGACGACGAACAUCUGGAGGACAAAGAAAAUAUGAGCGACACUAAUCUUCAAAAGGCCAGCGUAAGCACGGACAGGGACACCCUAGACGUUCCAGUGAGUGCUGUGAAUGGAAAUAGAGCGAGAUCGGAGGAGCCGUACAAAAAACGAAGGUUAUCAGUGGACAGCAGUUACAGUCGCAUUAGUUUACCAAAGUUGCGAAUUAUGGAUAGGCUCAAAACGGCGAAGAGUAGGCUGAAAGUUCCCAAAUUUUCGAAACGGGCAAGGUCAGAGGAAUCGGCACUUCAAGAGACAAAGAAACAGAAAACGGUCACAGCUGGUGCGCCUAAGAAGGAGAAAAUGCAAACAAUAAAAGAUGAAUCACCGGUCUACAUACACAUACCUCUGAAACCGCCACCUGGGGAAACGGACGAGUAUUCCAAGUAUGAAUGUGAAAGUCUCAAGCAGUCUCCUAUGGGAAGUUUAAUUAAUGUAAGUAGUCCUGAUGAAAAGAAAAGGAAAACGUCACUAUUAGAUUUGCUUACACAAAUUAAAUUGGUCCACGACCAACAUGUCGCCCGUAGGGCGUCGCAAACCAGCGUGGAGUUAACGAAAACAAUCAAAAUGAAAUUGGAUAGUGACAGCGAUGUGUUUAUAGAGGAGGUAACAGAAGAGAUCCUAAUAGAAGGGCAAGGAGAAUCUGUUCCACCUACGGUAGAAAUCGAGGAAAGUGUCAGUACGGCUCGUAGCGAAUUCGAAGACUCUAUGCGAAGUGACAAAGUAACCAUCGAAGAGGUUGCGGAGGAUGAGAAAAAAUCAGUUCCAGAUGUAGCCGAAGAUAGUUCAGUCGAUGAUAAUAUUAGCCAGUGCCUAGACAAAGAUGACAAAGGCGAAGUAGGACCAAGCACUAUUAAAGUUCAGGAGAAACAAACCUUAAGUGAUCACACGCCCGAUCCGGAAAGAUUACGCAAACUAGAGGCGACGUUAUCAAAGUGGAAAAAAGCAGUACCCACACAGGGUCAUCUCGAACUACCUCCCAAAGAAACCCUUCCGGUAAGAGCUCGCUCCGAGGAACCUAAAAGGAAACGUAGACCCUCAAUCGAUAGUAGCCACAGCCGGAAAAGUCUAUCAAAGCUCGCAUUUAUGAAGAAACUCAAGCAAGCCAAGGAAAAGAUCAGGCUGCCCAACUUUCCGUCCUUUUCCAAAUUCGAUAGAAAGUCCAAACCACGCCAAGAGAAAGCCGAGGUCGUCCAAAAACCAGAAGAAAAAUCGAAGAGGUCGCAAACCGCUGGGCCGGAGAAACCAGUUUACAUUCACAUACCCUUGAAGCUGCCGCCGGGUGAGUCGGACGAGUUUUCCCACCUGGAAAGCGAAGCGGUUGAGGAAACCCGCCCGAUUGAAAAGACAGACCAAGAGGUUGUUGAAGAGGCUGAAACUCCUGAGCCUGAUACGCCCGAUGAUAAUAUUCAAUUGAUUAUUUUAACUCCGCCGUCGGAUGAUGAAAUUUUAGACAGCGCUGGACCGGAGACUCCUUGCGAGACUGACCAGAAGUUUUUCGGAAGUUUGAAGAUUGAAGAUUUGAAAACUUUGGCGAAGCAUGCUGUGGACACUGUGUACCCCGACGUAAAGCCGUUGGAAACUGUGAGCGAAGUGGAAGACAACCCAGAAGAAGAUCCCGAAUUGGAAGAGCAAAAAGGUGUUUUGCAGUUGAAACAUCAAAUACUUGUAGACGAAGAGGAUGGGUUAAAACUAAGCGAGGUGGCAAUUGCAAUGAUUAAUGAGGAAUUGGAGAAGGAAUACCAUCAACAAGCGUUAGGACUAAAGUCUAUAAUUAAAACGGAAACCUCCCCCGUGUUGAAAAAGAAGGUGUCUUUCAAGCGUAAGUCGAAAACUGAAAGUGGAGAGCCGAUAUAUGAAGACGUAAAGUUGAAUACUCCCGAUAUUAAGGCACCCGAAGCGAGUGUGGUCGGACAUAGUGUGGUUAUUCCCUUAGAAUCUUUCCAAUCGAUGUCAGUGGACGAGGAGAAGUCGUAUUUGGAUAAACAAAUAAUGAAGACGACCUCUUUGGAAGACGACUACAAUAAAUGGUCCAAAUCAAACGACCAUGAGUAUGAGCCGGUUAACCCACCCCCUGAAGUGGUAUCAAUACAAGGGCCGCCAGUUAUUCAUGAUGGCAGACGGUCACUUGAACGAAAAGUUUCCCCAUCACCCGAUGGCCACCACCAUGAUGACGGGAAAACCCUCAGCGUUCACGAGUUGGAGAAAAACUUCGAGGAUCGUUACUUCCCAAACAAACCGGCAAAAACCGAGGGCCACGACGAUAGUUUUGCACACGCACCUGAUAUGGUCUCAAAAACGGACAGCCUAAAGCACAGCUCAAAAGCAAGCACCAGUUCAAAGGCAAGUUCAAGAAGUAAGAGAAGGAACGACUCAUUAACCCGAAGUUUCAACGACACCAUUCGCACUCAGGCUGUUAAAAUUAAAACAAAGAUCCAAGGCAUUAAAAGACCAAAAAUCACUUUACCGUCUCCGCCAAAACUACCAACUGCGAAAUUCAAAAAGCCGAACUUCAAGAAACCAAACAUUAAACUUCCCAAGCUACCGGACCGGCCUUCAAUCAACUUGCCAUCGUUUAACUUCACGCGUAAAGAUUCUAAAGAUUCAUGGCGAGCCCGACAAUUUUCGACGGAGUCGAACGUAGGCGACUCCAAGAAAAAAUUUUUCGACUUUAGGACGUAUCCUAGAAUGUUUGAUAAAUCGAAAGGAAGAGACAAGGAUGUUUCGUUCGAAAACAACGAGCCGUCAUCCACUCAGCCGGACUUCGCGACGGUACCAAGAGUAGGUAAGGUUAAAUCUGGAUCGAAGUGGGGGGACGUAAAGAAGGAAACUUCAAAAGCUCCAAAUGUAAUCCGAAUUCCAUUGCACUCUGAAGAUUCCAUGGACGAUCCUUCAAAUGCUUUAUUCGAUCCUAACGCUAACGAAGAGGAGAAUGUGCAAAAUCAUGAAGCGGAUGUUCCUCCUCGGGAAUACGACAAGGAGCACAGAGAUGUUGAGUUUAUCCAGGAUCAACCAGAAGAGGAUGACUAUAUACCGGAAAAUCGCGAAGAGGACACGUUUGGUAAAGAGCUACUAAAAAGAUGGGAGCACGGUGAGUUUCACGAAGGGCCUCAAGCUGGACGAUACAUUGAAGAUAUUCAUAAUGUCGAUUAUACACCUCCCCCCGAACAGGAAGAGCAAACACCACAAGAAGGUAGUAUGGAUAUAACUCCCUCGAAAGAGCACUCCUCGGGAAGUUUGAGCGAACAUCGCCAAGGAGUGUUAGAAGAAAUCGAUUCAGACGAAUUCUUCUUGCGAAAAAAGGGUAUAUCGCAAGAAGAUAUUGAAGUUGGAAAGUACUUAAGCUCCGAAAUACGGGAAGCGUUUAGAAAACCAAUUCUGCCACAGUCCAACAGUGAAGAUCGGGAGUACGAUAUGGAGCUUUCCGAUCAGUCAGAGCCCGUACGAGAGCCUCCAAGACGUAAGCCCUUAAGAAAACCCAAACGAAAGAAAACUCCCCACGUUUCAAGCGAACAACUGAGCUUCGAACUUGAAUCGUACACUACCGAACCGGAGGAGUAUCCUAAGGACUUUGAGGUCGAACUUGAAAUAUCACCACCGGUUAGACCGAAUCGGCGAAAGAACAAGAAAUUGGAUAAUGAUGAUGUCGUUCCAUUUCAAGAAACGAUUCCCAUCGUAGAACACGGCACAUUCAUUCACCCCGAUUAUAUAAUUGCGAUAGAUCAUUCCGAUGUUCUUCGCCACAAUAUUCUGGGUAGUGACAUGCAAUACUUUUACGAGCACGAUUUUCCGCACAUGUACGAGAAUGAGUGCAUGAAGGAUUUUGAACAGCCGAAAAUUAAGGUCUACGAUCCCUACGACGCGUAUGAAAAUUUCCAAGGCUCUCCCGAACGAGACGACCGCCCUCCAGUACCUCCCACGCGUAGGCAAAGAAGUUCAAGGAGUUUAAGUCCGUCUGACCGCGGUUCAAUAACAGGUGAAGCUCCAUUCGAAUGCGUCAGUCUGGAUCGUUCUCCCAUACCUCCUACUCGCCGGCAAAGAAGCCUAAGGAGCUUAACGCCCUCUGAUCAAGAAGACGAAGAAAAACGCUUUUCUUUAGACGGGGUAGAAUUAAACCACUUCCCUGUAACUCCACCCCGCCGGCGUAGAAAUUACAGAAGCGCAAGUCAAUCCGACCAAGGUUCAAUAGGGCACGAAGAACAACGUGUUCCUGUAGAAAAUAUUCAAGAUUACAGAGCAGACCACGAGUACAUAAUCCCCACACCAGAGCCACCUGAGCGACCAAGAAGAACUCGUUCCUGCACUCGAUCGAUAUCAGCAUCACAAUUAGAAGACGACCGAACAUCUCGAGGUGCUGACUCUUUGGUUUCUGACGCUCCAGUGGAAGUGACUGAAGUCGCUUGCAUAAAAGACGUAAGAGACACGAGCGGUUAUGCUGUUAUCGAUAAGUCCAAAGCAAGAGACCCCCCUCUACCACCUACCCGAGUACCGAAAACACCACCGCGGCCAAGAAGAGCCAACAAGCAUAAGUCAAAGGAAGAUAAAUUUGCAACGGUACCCCGAUCGACAGGUGAAACAACGCCAGUGAGACCAUUACGAAAUUAUAGCACUCUAAGAGGACCAACACCUACCUUUACUGAAGAUAAGGAGAAUUUAAACGUAGUUCAUCUCCAAUCUGGUGAAGUGGUUCAAAAAAUGAGAGACCGGCCUCUGCCAGCACCACCACGCCCGCCCCGGAAGUCCCGGUCGGCUUUACGCGACAUAUCCCAUGAACGAAACUUGCCAACGGAAUCUCAAGAAGACCUUCACAAAUUUACUGCAGAAGAAACUGACGAUCUUCAGCAACUGGAAGACCAAAUUUUACCUUACGACCACGAAGAAACUAUAACCCAUGGCUCUCUAGUUUUACAAACGUUAACCGACCCGGACGCUGUCUCACAUUCCACUCUUCGCACCGACGGAGAUUCUACGGUUCAUGUCAUUGAAAUUACCAGGGAACCGCUUGACGAACCCACAGCUGAUGAAGAGUUCUCUGAGAUACCUGAAGAUUUUAAAAAAUUGAAAAACCCACCGGAAGCACUUUUGUCGAGUGUUGAACCACCAUAUGAAGAUUCUGAAGUCCCUGCAGAGUUUCACGAUUUGAAGAACCCUGAUAUCCCAGAAGCUGUGGUAACAUCGGGUAUACCUGACGAACUCUCCAAAGUAAGAGAUCCGCAGCCCCAAGUGGUUGAACCCGUGAGUUUAAUUCAAGAUGGUCAGGAGGUAAGUAUCCUAAGGGCGCAAAAACUGCAAGUCGCCGAUUUAGACGUUGAUAAAUUGCACGUCAACGAGCUACAGGCGAGUAAAAUCAUCGUGUCUGAGCUAGAGGGUGUAAGUUUGCAAGUCUCAGAGAUCAACUCUAAAGGUGGCAACUUAAUAGUGAGCGGUAUUGAUCUACCCCCAAAUUUGAUCCAAGAAAUGCUCCAAAAGCUGCAAAUGGCGGCAGAAGAGCGCAUGGCUUCAACUGCAGUUCAAGCGGUAAGUAGUGAGCUAAAAUCCGAAGAAGAGGGCGAUUUUGUCGAAAAAAAAACUUCGAUUGAUGAUCCUUUGGAAACAGAAUUAUUUGAUACAGCUCCUCCGGUGCCUCCUCGACACGACUCAAAAACUGACCUCUUAGAUACCGCUGAAGAAAAAAAUGAUAUAUCUGAAGAAUUGCUUGAACCUCCAACUCGUCCCCCCAGAAGAUCAUCUCAAGUGGAAAAGGUGUCCGAGUUUAUGAACGAAGAUGAGCCUUCUUUAGACAAUCAACAAAACAUAAUGGACUUGGAGGAGUGUUUAAUUCAAGAACUAAUUGAUGAAGCUAUUGCUACUGUUAGUGACACUAUUGUUGAAGACGGGGCAGUAAAUUUAGAAGUGGGUGGUGAGAGAAUUGAGGAACAUGGUGAACAACCAGUAGACGUGGAGCAGAUUGCGAAAGAAGAGCACGACAGGAUUUCGAAGUCUGAUGAAGAACCUCCUCCAAGACCUCCCGACCCGGUUCAGUCUGAACUUACCUACAUACCUUCGCAACCUCCCCCAAGUUUUUACGCAUUGCGAUCUCCACACUUCAAAGAGUUUAUCGAUGAAGACAUUCCUUUGCCGCCUCGGCGGAAACGUCACCACAAACCUCCGCCGCCGCCGGUGACCGCCUCAAGUUCAGAAGAUGCAGUGCCAGUGAGUAGACGGCACCAUCGUUCUCCCGAACCGUCUAUACCGCAACUUACCGGACAGUUAGUGAGAUUGUGCGCGCUGGAAGGCGACCGCUCUAUUAGGAGACUGAUUACUCAUAUUACCAAUAAUGUAGUGAAUAACGUGGAUGGUAAACAAGACUUGCAUGUUGUUAUUUUGCUGUUGUUAAUUUUUAUUGCCGGAUUAAUUUUAUUGAGCGAACCGAAAGUUACGAUAUAUCAAAGUCAUUGGGAUUUUUUCAAUCCACCUACCGAUUUGUGACGUCAUAAUCGUAUGUACUUUUAUUUAUGUAUUAGUUUUCUUUUUGUUAUGUUCUGCUGUUUUCAUAUUAACAAUUUGUUAAUUUCAAACUAUAACUUUUACAAAAUACAGUUUUAGGAAAAUGUCUUAAAAACC